AUGGAGUCCUUUUGCGGGAUCAACGAUGCUGGCCGCUACGAAGUCUACACCGGCUUCUGGACGGACUGGACCAACGGCCCUGUAUUCGGCGCAACCAUCACUCUGAGCAAGCGGGAGGCAUCUGUUCUCAUUGCUUUCACGGCGCUAUUUGUCAGCGUUGUGGGCACCAGUUUCUGGAGGAUCUGCUGCUUUGCACUCCAUCAAUACCACUCGAAGGCUGUGGCGCAAGAUGCCCUCUAUCAUCAACGGCAGGCCAUCUUCCGAAAUGCUGCCAACGGCUCAAGCGGCCUCUGGGCGUUGCUCAGGAUCUGGUGGGAGUGGCGUAAGACUGCCGUUGAUCGACCCUCCCUGCGACUGCUCCCCGCCGUGGGUUUUGCUGCGUGUUGCGUCAGCAUCUUCGCCGUGGCCGGCAUGCUCUCCUCAAAAACACUUCGUGCGGCGAACGGUGUGCUGGUCCGCAGUCCGGGAUGCGGGAUCCUGGAUGUUGACAACAACCCCAAUCUGGAGGAUGCCCUGUCCGACUUCUACCCUUGGGUCGCCCAGGCGAUCGGUUCCUGGGCGACAUAUGCGCAAGACUGCUACCUGAACUUUUCCGACCUGGGAUCCUGCAACGCGUUCAUGCAGCCGCGACUCCCAAGCCGAAUCGAACGCAACGCGAGUUGCCCCUUCGAGGACGGCAUCUGUGAGAACGAAUACGGAAACAUCGAAUUUGAUAGUUACCUCGACAGCCAUUUCGACCUUGGCCUGAACGCGCCACCUCAUGAACGUGUCUUCUUCCGGCGUGUGACCACCUGUGACCCGAUCAGAACAGAAGGUCACCGGACCAUGUACCGUUCUCCCGAGACCGGGAUGAACUACUCGCGCUACCACUAUGGACCGACGACAGGAGGGUACUCUGCUUACGAGUAUACCUAUGAGCAUCCGGAAAUCGAUUGGCGCUCAGCUCCGGGUGAGUGGGAGACGGGUUCUGUGAGCGGCGAUAGGUAUACUGUCCAUAUAAGGCGCGCCGUUCUGUCUAAUGGAUCAUACACGGGUCUCUCGGGAUACGACCCCAUACCAGCCCUGAGGCAACAAGAUGCAGACGUCCAUGUAUUUUUCCUCUCGGCCAACAGCAUCCUCUACACAGAAAAGGUCAGUGACGCAUGGUAUGCUGCUACGACAAAGAGCACCGCCAUUACAUCUACCGAACACGGUCGCACUAUUGGACGGAUCCCGACAUACAAGGCAGACCGGUCGGUUUCCGUGCUCGGCUGUUCGAUAAGAGAGCAGUAUUGCAACCCAAACCUGCCUGCCGAUGAAGGGUGUUCCCCCUUUGGCGGCACGCAUGAAUCUCGUUCCUUGGCAGAUGACCUGCAGUGGAAGGACGGUAAGCAACGCGCAGCGUUUGACUGGCUCAGCGCCAUCAUACAGUCCUACAGCAUCACGGUCGAAGCCAUACCCGGCGACCUGAGGGAAGGCGCUCUCCUCGCAACGUACAAAGCCCAGGCUGCAAUCUCAGGAGGCCUCCCGAGCAAUCAGUGGCAGCUGGAAGCAGAAAACUGGCAUGCUGCUACUCUAGUGGCCCUGCAGGCAAGCGUCACGAAAGUCGCAAAGGGGACCACGGAUGACAAGUUGAAGCCCUUUCUGCGGCUGCCGAACAACAAAGAAGAACGGAAUCUUUGCAACAGCCAGGUAACAUAA